UUAACCCAAGGCUGUAGUCACUAACUCAGUACUCACCCUCCUCAUUUUCCCAUGUAUAACCUUAACGUUUAUCAGGCAACUAAAAUCAAUUUCCAUAGAAAUGGCAACUCAACGCCUAAUUCCUCACCUUUUUCACAAAACAACUCUAUCAUCUCUUACUACCCACCUCAAUUUUCAUCAACCUCUCUCCUCUUCUUCAUCUCUUCCACUCUCACCUCCAAUUUCUCAGCAACCCAUUUCACCACCAUCAGUAUCAAACUCUAUAACAGUCGACAAAAUCCUGCUGAAUUUGAAACUUGGUAAGUCCCCUUACUUUUACAAUACCAGCAACAUUUAUCAUACACUAACCCCUUAUGAUAUUGCUCAAAUUGUGUAUCAAUGCCGUGAAAAUCUGCAACUGGGUUUAAAGUUUAUUGAUUCUUUGUUGCUUAAUUGCCCCAAAUUUCGACAUUCAACACUUUCUUAUUGUGUUAUGAUUCAUAUGUUUGUUAGGGGUAGGAGGGCAUCUGAUGCUCAAGGUUUAAUCCUUCGUAUGGUACGAAAAAGCGGGGUUUCGAGGGUUGAAAUUAUUGAUACUUUGGUGGGGAGUUAUGAUCAAUGUGGUUCUAAUUUGGGUGUUUUUGAUUUGUUGGUUAGGACUUUUGUGCAAGCUAAGAGGUUGAGGGAAGCGGCCGAGGUGUUUAAGAUGUUGAUUAGUAGAGGGUUUUGCGUGUCGAUUAAUGCUUGUAAUAGUCUUCUUGGUGGAUUAGUGAAGGUUGGGUGGGUUGAUUUGGUGUGGGAGAUAUAUAAAGAAGUUGUUAGAAAUGGAGUUCAGCUGAAUGUUUAUACAUUGAAUAUAAUGAUCAAUGCCUUGUGUAAAGAUGGUAAGAUAGAAGACGUUAAAUCGUUUUUGUUAGAAAUGGAAGUCAAACGAGUGUUUCCUGAUAAUGUGACAUAUAACACAUUAAUCAAUGCUUAUUGUAGGGAAGGGAAUGUGGAAAAAGCACUUGAAAUGAUGAAUUCAAUGUCUGGUAAGGGGCUUAGAGCUGGCGUGCUUACCUAUAACGCAAUAUUGAAAGGUUUAUGUAGAACGGGAAAAUAUAGUAGGGCUAGGCAAAUGUUGAGUGAUAUGUGGCAAAUGGGGAUUUGUCCUGAUACUAAUAGUUACAAUGCAUUACUGAUUGAGUGUACCAAAAAAGAUAAUAUUGUGGACGGGGAACAAUUAUUUGAUGAAAUGCUACGUCUUGGUGUUGCCCCUGAUAUAGUUAGUUAUACUUCACUCAUUAAUAUGUUUUCAAGAAAUAAACAUCUUGACCGAGCCUUAAUGCAUUUCAAUGACAUGAAGUCCAAGGGGUUGGCUCCAGACAGUGUUAUAUAUACCAUUUUAAUUGAUGGUUUUUGUAAAUCCGGGGUUGUGUCUGAGGCCUUAAGAAUGCGCAAUGAGAUGCUUGAAAAGGGCUGUCUUAUGGAUGUGGUGACUUACAACUCCAUUUUGAAUGGCAUGUGCAAAGAACGCACGCUAAGUGAGGCAGAUCAGCUACUUGAUGAGAUGUUGCAAAGGGGUAUAUCCCCUGAUUACUACACUUAUACAACACUUAUUCAUGGUUAUUGUAAGGCUAGGGACAUGGACAGAGCAGUCGUGUUGUUUGAGACUAUGAUUCAGAGGAACCUCAAACCUGAUAUUGUAACAUAUAAUACUUUGAUGGAUGGCUUUUGCAAGGAGGGUGUUAUGGAAAAAGCUCAUGAAUUAUGGGGUGACAUGGCUCAUCGAGGAAUCUACCCUAAUUACAUUUCUUACAGUACUCUCAUCAAUGGAUAUUGUAGUGUGGGGCAUCUAAACGCGGCAUUUAAGCUUUGGGAUGAGAUGGUUGAGAAAGGUAUUGAGCCCACCACUGUGACUUGUAAUAUAAUUAUUAAAGGCUAUUGUAUAUCUGGGGAUGCAACAGAGGCAGAGAAAUUCCUGACUAAGAUGGCAGCAAAGGGCACUCUUCCUGAUAGUGUUACGUACAACACUCUUAUACAAGGAUACAUCAAAGAAGAGAAGAUGGACAAAGUGUUUAUCUUGCUUAAUGAAAUGGAGGUUAAGGGGAUAUUACCUGACGUCAUAUCAUAUAACGUGAUACUAGAUGGCUUUUGUAGACAAGCUAGAAUGGAUGAGGCAAACUUGAUAUACAAGAAGAUGAUAGAAAGAGGUGUAAAUCCAGACAGAUCCACAUAUACAUCGCUGAUUGACGGUUAUGUUAGUCAGGACAACCUGAAGGAGGCCUUCAGAUUUCAUGAUGAAAUGCUUCGAAGGGGUUUUGUGCCAGAUGAUAAGUUCUAAUAAAUUUGUGAAUGAGUUGCCUCUGGGAUGACUACUUGUAACUCAAGUGAAUCACUGAUAUAUACUACUGUAGAGGGAUUACUUGGUGAAAUUGCAAUUUUCUUUACUCGUAGGAACUUUAUGUUCUUCCUGAGUCAUUAAGUUCGAAAAAGAGGAAAUUCGUGAGGGCUAAUCGCUGUAAAGGUGCUCUGAGGCUCAUGCUAUAUUGGACAAUAUGAAGGACUCUGCAGCUUCUUAUUCUAUGAGCAUAUCUUGAAACUCAGUAGUCUUCCAUGAUUUGAUUCUGUCAAGAACUAAUGGAAAUCAGUUCACUUCCUCUGGUCCCCCCUCUCACUCAAUAUCUGAGCCAGACAACUAGACAAGUACAAUGGAACUUAUUCUGAUUCUGCUGAUUGUCAAAGCUUCAGGGGUCAAAUACUGGAAGUUUUAUGGAAUGAUAUUUUUUCCUAAUUCCGUCUCAUUCACAAGCAUCAGAUAACAAAGAGCAUUUCCAAGUCGUUUACGUGCAUUUUCGAGCAACUUGAGAAGUCUUAUCCCUCAUUUUUCAGAAUGGCUGGGUGAUAUGUGAUACUCAAACUGAGUCGGGCGUAUAUGUGAUACUCAAACUGAGUCGGCGUACAUACAGAGAAUCAUUAAGAUUACAAAUAGAAUGAUGAUGGUUAAGAUUAAUCUGUUGCUGUACUUGCUAAGAAAAUGAUUUAUUAGUGUCUUAAUACAUGGAACUGUAUCAGAUUCAGACUUACCGACCAAAUGGAAAAUUUGAGGCUAUAUGACACAUUCACAUUGUAAGUUGCCAUCCAUGGAUAACUGUCAAUAUACCUUUUUAAAAACUUUCUUUGUAUCACAUUUUUGAUGUGUUAAAUCUCUUACUUUUUUGUUAAACAACCCUGCUAAUAGGACAUUUGCUAAAUUAUAAAAAGUCAAUGGGAGGUUGGGGUGUGUUUAUCUAAUGAAUUCUUCUUAUUAUAUGUGAAAUUUUGACUGUAAA